ACAGACUUUACACGGAUUCGUAGUUUGUGCCUAUUCACAUUUCCUUUUUUUCAUUUAUUAAUAAUACACCUUGGCUACAAUACGAUCGUCAAGUUUCAAGAUACAUGGUGCAUUGUGAAACUAUCCGACUAUUUUCCUCAAUCCUCUUUCCUGAAAACCAAAAUCUAUUUGCAGACCGUCGAAUCCCAUGACCGGGCAGUUAUCAUCAAGCGCUUUCUUUUCGAAAUGAUCGACGCCUACGGUUGUUUGGCCUAUCUCGGUUUUGUGCUGGCCGAUCGAGAUGCUUUGCGUUCCCUGCUACUCACCAUGCUCAUGACUGACAGUGUCAGACGCCUGAUCCUUGAGUGCUUAAUCCCACUGAUCCAAUACCGGCUCCGUGUACGAUUGCAUCGUCGAGCCACCGGUCAACGCAAACGGGAACAGGACGCAGACACGUCUGACUCACCAGACUCUCCGCCCAUUAGUCUGGAUCGAGAUGCUUGUGCCGAUCCGUAUGAGCCGUUUGAUGACUAUCUGGAAAUGAUAUUGUUACACGGUUAUCUGGCCGUGUUCGCUUUCGUCUCUCCCUCAUUGGCCGCCCCGAUUGCUCUCAUCUCCACCGUGCUCGAGUCUCAUUUCGACGCGUUCAAACUGAUGUGGAUCACCCAACGUCCCACACCGCGUUUGCUCGUUCGUCAAACCUCUAUCUGGCUAGCUCUGCUGGCCGCACAGGCAUGGCUGUCCAUUUUGACCAAUGUGGGCUUAUGGAUUUCCGGUCUGACUGUGGCCCAUUUCGAUCUGAGCACAAUCAGUCCAAGUCUGCUCUAUCUGUUGCUCGAGCAUGCUCUGGUCGCGACCGGUCUAAUCAUACAUUUCGGCAUAGCCGAUACUCCUGUGGAUGUGCGCGACGCACGUCGAGCGCGAGCGUAUCGGCAAAAUUUGGAAUUCCCGUGUCCUUUUAACUUUUUAUCAUACCAAAUUCAGUAUUGUUUUCUUAACUUUGACAAUGGGGAAAAAUUAAAUACACCCGAUUUCGUUCCUCUUUGUUGUUUUAGUAUGCCGGACCGACAACCCCGCUCCGAAUCCACUCGAAAUACACUGACUCCGGGCAAUGCAGUCCGAGUUCUUAUUGUCCAAGUCUCGUUCCAAAUGACCGCAGAAUUCCCGAUCACUCACUGA